AUGACGGGGGCGACGCAAGAUGCGGCAAUGGAGGCCAUGGCGGAGUGGUGUAGGUGUUGUCAGCGUAUCAGUGGGUUCCAUGGAGGCAUCAGGGAGUUGAAGGGAGGCCUCGGGUCUCCAGUGUGCGAGAUGGAGUUGCAUCGCGGGGAGGGGUCCGCGGAGAUCUCGUCAGGUCGUUUCCAGGCGCCUCCCCUCGGCGUGCCUUGCUCGCGGCCCGUGUCGGUAUCGGACGUUCUGGCAGACGGCGGCCGGCUGUUUUUGCAUUCGUCCAGAGCCGUCAUGGGAGCCUCGAUAUUACCGCAGAAGCGGCUGCUUGCCGGCCCGAAGCAGAACGGAUGGUUUUCCGUUUCUGACGCGUCCGGAGCGACUCUGGCCUUCUCGGGAGCGGCCGCUCGGAGCGACUCGGCUUUUUCCAGUCGCAGCCGCAACGGUAGCGUUAACGGGACGGCUAACGGAACGCAUAACGGAGUGCAUUCGGGGGAUCUCGCAGCAGCGGCGACGGCGUUAGGGUUACAGCCAGUGGUUCUGUCGUGUAGCCGCAGUGCCGCCGAGCGAGCGAAUCGCCUGACAUUCCAGACGAGCUCUUCCGAUAGAGGGCCUGAUUCGUUCAAAGAACCCGACUCGAUAAAAGGACCCGACUCGUUUCGCUGUAGCGUUCGUCCUCCGGCCUCCAGUACCGCUGGUGAAGAGUCCUCGGGCCUCCCGAGCAUCCGUCAAGAUUUGACGGCGAAAGAUGUUCCGUCAAGUCUGGGAUUCUCUAGCCGUUUGCUCUCGCCUUCUCGCCACCGGCACCGUUCGCAGAGGAAGCAUGGCGAGGCGCUAGCGCAGGCCGGAGGUAGAGACGUGUGCAUCGGAGACGCGUUGAAGAGCGACGACGGACGGAAGAACGCGCGCAGUCGUAGCCCGCAUGUUCAUGACAGGGUGUCGCACGAUAAAGUUUCGCAGGAGUCGUACAAGGAUUCGCACGGGCAGUCGCACAGGGAGUCGCAUGUCGCGCAUCAGGAACGAGAAUCGCAGACUACAAAGCCGCAUUCUGACGUUAACGGUUGUGAUUCAGAGCAGCGAAAGGCGACUGACGGGGAUAGCUCGUUCCCGCGAGGGCAGCGAUUGCAGCAGCAGCGGAAGCAAUGUGACGGGCAAUCACCCGCAGAGGACGCCGGGACAGGGGAUUCGGGUAUUGGGACUGGUGAAGGUGCCAAGGGCGAGCGGGGGAGUUGUCUGUCGUUAUCUGUUUCAGAUCUGAAGGCCAAAGCAAGCCAAGGGAAGGCUCGAGGUUACCAGGCUGCUGGAGCUGUUGCUGAGCAGCAGUCGAUUGGAGACGCAGAGACAGCAGCAGAGCGGAUACCCUUUCGCAGCAGCUUAUUACCUGACCCCACAGCAGCAGAAAACUCUCCAGCGGCAGCAGCUGUUCACGAGCUGGUCUUCAAAGCGAAAUCAAUCACGCCAUCAGACCAGUUACUCGCCGAUAACGACAUUCCCAGGCGAAUAGGGUUACCACUGGUCAGCCACGCGCUGAUGGACUGCGGGAAUUUUCUCUACCCUCCGUUCAAGAAGGCCCGAGCCACCAGAGAACCCAAGUUUCGCAAGCCCAAUGGGAGCCGACUACUAGGCCUGGCCGAACCUCCGUGCUGCACAGGCUCGGAACCGAACCUAUCGCUGAGCCUGUCCUUCCCGCAAGACCGCAAUUCCGAGCGCGAAUCGCCACCUGCCCCGCUGUCUGUAACCACUCCUCGCGCUGAUAAGCACAACGGCUUAUCAGGGGAGAGCCAGCCCGCCCGCCCCAGCACGCCGGUUCCCCCCGCCACUUCGUCCUUCUCGCUUUUGGAAGGCCCUCUGUCGUUUUCCCCGAUCACGCCGGAGGGUGAACUCUCCCUUGACGAUUCUGCCACUGCUGCCCGCCUCCGAGCCGUCUCUGCCGCUCGGGCAGCCGUAGAAGCACGCGCAUUCGCCGUCAGGAAAGCGCGGGCAGCUUUACGGGCAGCUGCGAAGGCGAAGGAGGCGGUAGCGGUGGUGAUUGAGGCGGAGGUGCAAGAACGAGCGGCAGCAGGAACGGCAGCGGGGACGGCAGCGGGGACGGCAGCGGGGACGACAGCGGGGACGGCAGCAGCAGGAGCGGAAACGAGCCAUAGCUGUCCGGUCAAAGGUGUAAAUGGGUUUCUGGGGGCUGAUGCUGUCAGGACGGGCGAUUUAGUGGCGGAAGGGGAGCUGGAUGGUACAGUCGUGUCUGGGAGCGGUGCAGUGCGGUUUUCUUCGAGGUGGCGGCUGGCGUUGUCGGAGCUAGAGGCGCGCUGUGAACGGCUUGUAACGCGUACAGGAGCAACAGCUGCGGAUAGCGAAGCAGGCGGGAGAGCCGUGAUGGCAGGUGCAAAGCCCGAGGAGGGCGAGGAAGGGGAAGAGCGGGGAGACGGUGAGACUACCACGGGUUUCAGGGGCAGAGGCGAGAGUGGGAAUAGUGGUGGCUCUGAGAUUCCGUUUGCUUUCAAUCCGUCUGCAGGAAAGAAAGGGCUGGACUCCCAUAACACUCUCGAUCUCCAUCUGAGUAGACCGGACCUCGCUGAUUCUGCCCUAGCUCUGGCAGUCAAGGAAGAGGAGACGACGCGUGGGGGGGAGGAAAUAGUGUUGGCGUGGCGUGAAAGGGAGGGAGGGGCGGCAGGUGAUGAGACGACGGGGAACGAGAGAGGGAACGAGCCAGGGAUGCAAAGCAGCGAGGUACGGCGGUGUGUGUCGGUAGACCUGAUGAUGGGCCUGGGCUGCUCUUCGCAGGGGAAAGACGCCAGUGACAGGCGCGGAGUGAGUGGUGAUGGGCUCGCAGUCGCGGCCAUGGCUGUGGAGUCGACUCAAGCUUCACCUGACCGCACAGAUUCGAGGGUUCCAGACGAGGCGGGUUGCGAGACGCGAGGGCAGCAGGGGUGUGGCGACUUGGGGGAGCAGGGGGAAGCGGCCUGCGUGUCAGCAGCAGCGUGUAGUGGGGAGGAGACGCGGCAGCUGAUGUCCUGCAACGGGGCCUUCUGCAAUGCUGCUGCUAACAGCAGUUUUCCGUCCGCAGAUGGCCGUGUUGCUGCCGCAGACGGCAAUGCUGCGUCAGCGAAUGCAUCGAGCAAUCAUGCAACAACCAGCGUCCCCGCGACGGCUUCCAACCACCGUGCCACUGCAUGCUGUUCUGACCCGGGCGUGGUUGGGGACUUUGAUGAGGGGAAGAGCGCGCGAGAAGUGAGACAGGAGGGCGAUGAGGCGUGUGGCGAGGGGCCGGCAGCAACGGGUGGGGAGACGGAUGCUGAGAGAUGUGCAGGAAGGAAUGGUGGUGGUGAUGGUGGUGGUGGUGGUGGUGGUGGUGAUGGUGCUGUCAUUGUCGCUGAUGCCAGUGGGGUAGGUGGUGAGGGGAAGGCACAGGCGAUCAAGUCUUGUGGGGAUGAGGGCGGACAGGCGGUUGGAGGGGACAAACGUGCCCUCGUGGGUGAGGGUCGACGCACAGGGGGAGUGGCCUGUGCGUCAGCGGGUGUGGGCAGAGGUGUGGGCGGAGGCACUGCAGUAGGAGAGGAGGAGGAGCUGCACCGCGCAUUCAACAAUUCCCCUUCUGAGGUGCCGCAAAAGCUGCACCGCGCCUUCAACAGCUCCCCUUCUGAGGCGCCUCAAAAGCAGCGCUGCCCAUCGGACGAUGAGAGGCUGGCGCGGCAGCUGCACCGCGCGUUCAACAGCUCCCCGCGCAUCCUCGCCGUCCUCGCGCCCACGCCCAAACGCUCCCGCAACCCCCGCCACCCCGCUGCGCCCGCUGCUGCGCCCGCUGCUGCGCCUGCUCCUGCGCCUGCUGCGCGUGCUGUGGCAAGUCCUGCGCCUAUUGCUCUUGGGGUGACUGGGAAGACAGGGCGGGGGGGUGCGGGAGAGGCGAGGGGGAGAGGAGAGGCAGGGGGAAAAGCAGAGGUACGGGGGAAGGUGGCAGUAAGAAGAGAUGGGGCGGUGGUGGUAGGAGAGGGCGGCAAUGGGGAUGGGAAGGCUGCUGGGAAGGGGGAUAGGGCCCAAGUGAGGGAGGACCGUGAGGUUCAAGGUGUGGGUUCCGGUGCUGCUGGUGUUGCUGUUGCUGGUGGUGUUGCUGGUGCUGCUGGUGUUGACAGUGUCCGUGGUGCUGUUUCUGAUGCUGAUGGGUGUAAAGCUCCUCCACAUGACACUCCAAUUGCUGGACCCACCCCUGUUGCUGCUUCUGCUGCUGCAGCUUCUCGCGCUCCUCCUCUCUCUCCUGUUCCUUCUCCUCUUCCUUCUCCCCCUCCUCCUUCCGCUGCUGUUGCUGGCAGUGGUGCUGCUGCAGGCACUGCCGCGGACUCGUCCUGCCGUCCCUCAUCAUCUGCCGAGGGCCCCCUCCCGCCCUGCGCCACCCCUCCUGCCGCUCCUCCCUCCGCCACUCCGCCUGUCGACCCCUCUUGCACCAAACCCCGCCCCAUUUCUCCCGCCCCCCUUGACGUAGCCCACUUACCCCGCGCAGGUGACGUCAGCCCUAAGAAAGAUCUCUGUCCCAUGUUGGCUCUUUCUGAGACUGAGGCAGGCAGAGGGGCGACAGAACAGGAGAGUGGGGAGAAGGCUAGGGCGGACCGCGGGCAGACGAACGGGCAGAUGGACGGGCAGGCUGGCGUGCGGGUGGAUGGGCAGGCGAUUAGGGUUUCGGAUGCGACCCCAGAGGGUAGUGGGACUGGAGUUGGAGGGAGUGGGGGGAUAGGAUUGAACGAGGCUCGGCAGCCGCGUUCACAGCUGGUUUGUCACCCGCGGCGGUUCCCAAAGCUAGCUCUAGCGGGGAUAAUGGAGGGCGAGGGAGGCGAUGAGGGGAAGGAGGGAAAGGGCAAGGGGAAGGUGAAGGGAAGCGGGUGGGAGAAGGUGAAGGGUUUGGUGAGGGAGAGAGGAGAGAAGAGGGAGAGGAGGCUGAAUGGGUUGGGGGAGGAGUAUGGGGGGGAGAAGAUUAAGAGGGCAUGGGAGAAAGAGAAAGAGGGAGUGAGGAUGAGUGAGGUCGAGGUGUUAAUGCAGAAGCAGAGGGAGAAAGGGGGUGAGCUGGAGAAGCAGAAGAAGCGAGAGAAGGAGAAAUCGAGGGAACGGAGCGUUGCAGAGGAGUGGGGAGUGGUGGCGGAGAGAAUGGCUGAAUGGGGCGCUGGGAAAAGCAAGGGGAAGGCAGAAGCGGUGGGCAGCGGCGAGUGGGAGAAGGAGCGGGAGAGAGGCGCGAAGGCUGGGUCUGCAGAGCGUGAGGCAGAGAGCCGAGCGAAGGUAAAAGAAGGGAAGGAUGCAAGUGGGGGCAUGGCGUGGGGAAGGGCAAUCGAGAGAGGCAGGGAACACCUGGGAGACCUGGGGAGGAGUAAGAGAGAAGGCGGCAAGGAGGGAGGGUUGGGGGACGAGCGGGAGAAGGGGCGGGCGGUUCUAGAACGUGAGCGAGUGGCCGAGAAGCUGGAGGGUGAUGAGCGGUACGAGGCGGUUGAGAGAUUCAAGGAUAAAGAGAACAUUCGAGGACGACUCAAGGAUGAGUGGGGUGCGGAGAAGGCGGAGAAGAGCAAGCAGGAGGAGCGGAAGAGUGAGAAGGGAAGGGCCAAGGGGCGGGAGAAUCACCUGGCAGUAAGGAGCGGGGAGGGUGGGGAGGCCUGGAUGGUUGAGUUGAAGAAAAAAGACAAAUCUGAAAGCUUUCUGGGUGGGAAACAGCAACGGGAUGGGGUAGUGCCACAUUCGCUAGUGUCACACUCGUUAGUGCCUUCGUUACUGGCUCGUGCUACUGUAGCUCCGCAGGUGGAGGGGAAGCGGUGGCGGAAGAAGGGUAUUGUGGCAGGCCGGGCGCGGAGUGCAGUAGAGCAGGACACUAUAGAGGAUGUGCUCUUAGAGGAUCUUAGGGAUCGUGACUCUAAAGAGGGGAUUAGGAAGGAGAGUGCUGUGAAAGUAACCUGUCCUGCUGGUAACCAUGUGCCGGCCAGUAACCUUGCUCACCCCGGUAACCACAGGCAUGCUGGUAACGACGCCCACGCUGCUGGUAACCACAUGCACGUUGGUGCUCACGCUCAUGCGGGUAAUCAUGCACAGGCUUGUAACCAUACUGAUGCUGGUAACCGCACUGCGACUGGGGUAGAUUUUACAGCAACAGCAGGAGCAGCAGCAGGUGGGACCUGGAGACCAGCAGCAGCAGACUCGAUGGGAGGAACAGCAGCGGCAGGAGGGGUGAAGGGAGGAGGAGACCCCAUGGGGGUUGUGGAGCGGAUGGGCAGAGAGAAGGGAGGAGCAGCAGGCGUACCCAGGGCGAGAAGCGCGGACGCGUUUGCAGCACAGAGGCAUGCUGAGGGGUUUGCGGGGCACAGGAGCACUGAUGUGUUUGGGGGGACGAGGAAUGCGGAUGGGAGUGCGGGGCGCAGAAGUGAGGAGGGGUUUGGGGGGCCCAUGUCGCCGCCUAGAGGCAGGGUGAAGGGAGUGGAGAGUGGCAGUGGUUCGGGCGAGAGGGACGCGAUUCGCGCGUGCACGAGUCCCACGGGGCGAGGUGUGAUGCGCAGCAGCUCUGCUUCGUCGUGGGGUGAAGGUGAGUGA